ACCUUCUCUAACUUUUCCACACAGCUCAGACUGGAGUUUCAUCUUUUAUUGCCAGCGAGUGACAUACAGUUGUAUCCUCAUUACUUCUCCUGACUCCAAUGUAAUAAACACAGGGCUUACACCAAGGACUUACAAGGAUGGCCCGGAUACACUCUGCUGUCGCUUUUCACGAAGAUAGUGAGUUUAGCUUGGUAACAGUGAAAGUUGUACAAGCCUCACAUAUACCAUGGGCUGACUGGAUGAGCAAUGCUGAUUGCUAUGUGUGUCUGUGGCUACCAACAUGCAGUACAAAAAUCCUGAAGACAAAGACUGUGGCAAACACCAGUGACCCUGUAUGGAACGAAACAUUUCAGUUUACUAUCUGCAAUAAUGUGAAGAACAUGAUACAACUGACACUUCAUGAUGAGGAUGUAAUCACAGGAAAUGACCUGCUCUAUUCACUGAUAUACGAUGUGGACAAAAUCGCAGUUGGAGAGACUCAACUGGAAACAUUCACUCUUAACCCUAAUGGGCCAGAAAAUCUUCAAGUGGAAUUCACAGUGCAAAAAUUUCAAGGUUAUCGUGAAAAUAUUCUGACAAAUGGAGUGAUUGUGGCCAGAGAGAUGAGCUGUCUGGAUGUAAUUGUCGACAAGCAUAGGAUCCCGGAGUACCUACAAGGCAAACAUGUUAUCUUGUCAGUAGAAGACUCUUGUGAAAAAAAAUGCAGACUGGAGCUGAAUCCAUGCACAGACUCCGAUCACUUGCAAACCUGCAGAUUCCACUAUCUCAAAAGAUGGGACCCACAGUUUACAGCCCAUUUGGAGGGAAUAGAGGACCAUAACUUUCACAUUAUUCCAGUGAAAUUACUUCCCCUGGGACAGGAACAGAAGAUCCUACUCUCCACUGUUCCGGUUUAUGCACAUUGCUGGGGCUUCCGCUGCUUCUUUCCGCUGCGCUGGAUCCAGGCCAGACCCCUAGAAGUGAAAUUCAAAGCCAAAGACUGCCCUGACAAACUGAGCGUACGAAUGGGAUUUGACAUUUGUGAUGAUGAGAAGCUUUACCUCUCGAAGAGGAGAAGAGUUGUCGCAAAUACCCUAAAGAGAGUUUUGAAGCUUGACCGAGAUUUAGAGGAUCACGAGAUCCCUGUGAUUGCCGUCACAACCACCGGAGGCGGUGUUAGAGCAAUGACUGCCCUGUACGGUACACUCUCUGGACUGAAGAAGCUGGAUCUCUUGGGCUGUGUGACGUACAUUACAGGAGCUUCAGGGUCCACGUGGUCGAUGAGUAAAUUAUACGAAGAUCCAAACUGGUCACAAAAAGAUCUGUCUGCACCCAUACAAGAUGCUUGUAGGAAUGUGACCAAAAGCAAGACAAGUGCCUUUUCCUUUGAUCGUCUGGCAUUCUAUAGGGAAGAACUAAGAAAGCGAGCAGAGAUUGGCUACAAGACGUCAUUCACAGACCUGUGGGGUUUGGUUAUCGAAUCCAUGUUCUGCGAUGGUGUCAACGAGACAAAACUAUCAGAUCAGAGAAAAGCAUUGGCCUAUGGGCAGAAUCCACUUCCUCUCUGUUUGGCAAUGAAUGUGAAACCAAAUGCUUUUUCCACACUGGAUUAUAAAGAGUGGUGCGAGUUUUCUCCUUAUGAGGUGGGAUUACUGAAGUAUGGAGCCUUCAUCCGCUCAGAAGACUUUGGCAGUGAAUUCUUUAUGGGAAGACAGACUAAGCCACUUCCGGAGUCUAGGAUCUGCUACUUGCAGGGAUUAUGGAGUAAUGUCUUUUCUAUAAAUCUGAUGGAUGCCUGGUUUGCAGCUGUAAGUUCUGAACAUUUCUGGCACAGAUUCACCAGGGACAAUGUCUAUGAGCUGGAAGAUGAAGAAGAAGCCUUACAUAGGAGGCAAGAAUCAUCAGGUUUGUUAACACGCGCGCGCCAGCCAGCAGGUGAAUUCAGCCGUAGUGUGCGGGAAAUUUUAACUAACCGUCCUCUUGAUGGAGAGCAUCACAAUUUCAUGAGAGGACUGCAGAUGCAUAAAGAUUAUUCCAAGCAUAAUGGAUUCUGUGCAUUUGAUGAUACAGAACUGGAUAACUCUCCAAACAGUCUGACGCCCUCUACUGAAGAGCUCUGCCUCGUAGACAGUGCAUACUACAUUAAUGCCAGCUUUCCUCCACUGCUUCGAAAGGAACGCAAAGUAGACAUUCUUAUGUCAUUUGACUAUGGAUUAUCCAAAAAGUUCACAUCUGUGGAACGCACCCAGGAGUACUGCCACGUUCAUGAUAUCCACUUUCCUAAAAUAGACGUGUGUAAAGAGGACAGAACAGCUCCUAAAGAAUGUUAUGUCUUCAAAAGCUGUGGGAACCCUGAAUGUCCCACUAUUCUACAUUUCCCUCUAGUUGAUGACACAUUCAAACAGUUCAAACAUCCAGGAGUUGAACGGCUAACAGAUCAAGAAAAAGCCGAUGGAUUAGUAAAUCUGGGUUCCAAUUCGCCUUACGGCUUGCUUAAAGUGACGUACAGUAAGGAAGACUUUGAUAAACUGGUCAAUCUCACAGAAUAUAAUGUGGAGAAUAAUGAGAAUACAAUCCUGCAAGUCCUGCGAGAGGCCAUUGCAUGCAAGCAGAAUUCAAAGCCUAGUUAAUGUGCGAGCGUUUAAGAGAUGCAGAAGAUGCAAGGUACCUUUAGGAAUUGCUACUACCCUAGUUGGUAACAUGUUCCUGUGCGCCAAUAUGUAUUUUUUUGGGACCAGUAAAAUUCUGCAAGAUAAACAGAUGUUUACAGUUUUUCGUGUCUGAUACUAUAAGGCUAUAUUAAAAUCUGUCCUACGUUAUGUUAUAGUCAUUGCUUUACUUGCUUUGACUAUAUAAGAAUUUUUAUUAAGGGGUUUUCUGCUUUUGCUCUAUUGAUGACCUACCCUGAAGAUAGGGUAAAUAGCAAGUGUAGAGCAGCACUCGCGGACCUCGUGACCACACCGGAAUGGAACAGCCGAGCCACGACCGCAGAUCCUCAGCAGUCUAACGAAUAGGGAACGAAAAGAGGCGACGGCAGCAUCUUCAGUGCAUUCUUUAUUGGGUGGGGUUCUAUGCACUUAAAAAGGGUGGCUAUUGCCACUUUGUACUAGGCUUGAUAAAGGCUACCAUGUAGCCAAAACGUUGCUGUCUGGUUUUUAUGGUACACUUUCUGUGAAGCUCGUCUAAUAAAGAAUGCACUGAAGAUGCUGCAGUCUCCUCUUUUCGUUCACUACCCUGAAGAUAGGUCAUCAGUAUCAAAUCGAAAUGGAUCAGACUGCCGAAACCGAUGCGAGCAGCUCCUCCGUUCCAUUUGCUUCAAUGGACCGGCUCCUUCCUAUUGAAGUGAAUAGGAGGAAGUCGAAUGGGACGGCGCUGCAAUGUUGACGGUGAGCAGGUAAACAGAAGAGAACGCAGCACCUGUACGAGCGCCGUGCUCUCUUCAAACAGAAGUUCCAGCAGAUCGGAUAUUGAUGACCUAUCCUGACAACCCCUUUAAGCGUAGGUACAGUACGUUUUACUGCUAAUAGCAGAUGAGUCUAAAUUCCAGCUAUGUAAUAUGGUCUAACUUGUUACAAUGCAAACUAAAGUUUAUAUCUGUACUGAAAGAGGAUUCGGUGAUGAUUGGGGUCCGUUAGGCCCAAUGUGUCAGUCAUAUGCUGCACAUUUUCAUUGUUCUGCUCCUAUGACAGAAAUGAACAGAGCCUUAGCUAGAAUGUUAAAAAAAAUUCUAUAUUUAAAUACUGUGCUUUGUUUAUAAGGGAUUGGUGGUAAAAAUAAUGGUGCAUAUGUAAUUUAAAAAAAAUAUUUAGAAUGAGAUUUAUCUGUGAAAGUGUCUGUCAUGUAGCUAUUAGGGGGGAAAUUAUUAUUCCACUUCACGCCAGUUUUAUGGCAUUAUAAAGUCGCACAUUACGGUGCACUCCAUAUCUACGCUAUAAUUUGCGACUUUUCACUCCUCGUCACUUAUCUCCACUUUUAGAUUGAUGUCUGUUAUUUAAUUGAAACUCUUACCUACUAAAAAGC